GUAAUUAAGUUCUUUUUCAGGGCAGGCGGUGCCCAUGAAUUUUAAAUCUUGUCAGCAAGGGGUGUUUGUAUGCCUCGUCUGUUUUUUGGUUGCUGAUUUUAUCGAACAUGUGACUGCAUUAGACGCUCACAUGGCUGCGGCUGCUGCAUGAUCCGCUUUAGUUCUUUAAAGUCCGGUGAUCGGUAGCUCCCUCGGCAGCGACCAUCCAGAGCAGAGGACCGCUGAAAAACACAGCGCGUACCCGGACAAAUCAUGGCGAACAGCGGGCAGAAGGUUGUGCUGAUCACCGGCUGCUCCUCCGGCAUCGGGUUACGAAUCGCCGUCACGCUGGCUAAAGAUGAAAAGAAGCGUUACCAUGUCAUUGCCACCAUGAGGGACCUGAAGAAGAAGGACAAGCUAGUGGAGGCAGCAGGAGAUGCAUACGACAAGACCUUGAUGUUGCUUCCUCUUGACGUGUGCAGCGACGAGUCUGUCAAGCAGUGCAUCAACAACGUGAAGGACCGCCAUAUUGAUAUCCUGAUCAACAACGCAGGUGUGGGCCUUCUGGGUCCGGUGGAAAGCAUCAGUAUCGAGGAGAUGAAAAAAGUAUUUGAGACCAACUUCUUUGGCGUUGUUCGCAUGAUCAAAGAAGUGAUGCCUGACAUGAAGAAGAGGCGUUCAGGACACAUCGUGGUGAUGAGCAGUGUCAUGGGCCUUCAGGGAGUGGUGUUCAAUGAUGUGUACACUGCCUCUAAGUUUGCCAUGGAAGGUUUCUGUGAGAGUAUGGCUGUGCAACUGAUGAAGUUCAAUAUCCGGUUGUCCAUGAUCGAGCCUGGCCCAGUGCACACUGAGUUUGAGACAAAGAUGAUGGAGGAUGUGGCCAAGAUGGAGUAUCCAGGAGCUGAUGCUGACACAGUUCGUUACUUUAAAGAUGUUUACCUGCCAUCGUCCAUAGACAUAUUUGAAGCUAUGGGCCAGACGCCAGAGGACAUAGCCAAAUGCACUAAAAAGGUUAUUGAGUCAAGCAGUCCUCGCUUCAGGAACCUGACCAACAACCUCUACACACCCAUUGUGGCCUUAAAGUAUGCAGAUGAGACUGGAGGCCUGUCUGUCAACACCUUCUACAACCUACUCUUCAAUUUUGGCCCACUCAUGCACAUCACCAUGAGCAUCCUCAAGUGCCUGACGUGCAGCUGCCUGCGCAGACGCACCAUUUCGCCUAACUGAAGAUGGUUUCCAAUACGGCCCUUUACCCUCACUCUUCCCAGUUUGUUCACCCCACCCGUUUCCUGUUGUCUUCUCCUGAGGUUUUUGGCUCAGCAGGUAAAGUAGACCCAGAUACCCUGGGGAGAGGAGGAGCUCUUUAGUUCAAAGACAGUGCCAUGAUAAGCUUUGCCAGAAAACAUGCACAAAUUGCACAAAUUUGUCAAAGAUAUGUUGUUUGCAGGAUGCAGAAUACAUACAUUUAAACACAGAAAUAAAAACAAUAUGCACAGUGGAUUAUUGUACAUACGUAUUAUAAAGCAAUGUCAAUGCCUUAGUCAGUACUUUAUGGGAAGAAUUAAACAAAUGCAAUGCAGGGGGAUUGGUGUGUAUAUUGUAUAAAUAGAGCACACAUAAAAGAUACAAUAAUCUGCCCUAUGAACAGACAUCAGAGCAUAAAAUGAACUGAUUUACAGAGAAAAACAGUCAAAUUGUAUGGAAACAAUAACAUGUAGGCUAGAUAACUUUACACUGGGUCACAAAGUUAAAAGAUGAAUGACAGAGUCUGAACGAAUAUAUCUGCCUUACUUGUGUUCUACCCUUAUUUUAAUGUUUGCCUUAACAUAGUGUUCUCAUGGUCAUAGCUGCUGUUAAAUCAUAUUUUUAAUCUUUUGAUAAACUGAAUGUUUUUGGUUUUAAUGAUUUUGAGAAGGGUUUAGUCAGACAUUUUAAUUCAGUGUCUUGAUUUCAAAAAUAAACAAAACUCUGAUUUA